AAUAAAAAGAAAGAAAAAAUAACAUUAAUUUCUAGUUGGCAACUGAAACUGGUAAAAAUCCACUUAGUGCCUAGCUGAAAAAUGCUGGAAUUAGCACGGGAAGCAGGAGGGCUGUGCUGAGAGGGUGUGCAAGCCCCGGUCGGAGCCGAGCUGAAGCAGCACUUGGGUCAAGCCCAUCCGGAGGAGCUGCGAGCUGCUCUCUGUCCUCGGCAUCCCCGCUGCCCUGAGCUAUCGAUCCUCGCAUCACCGGAACGGCACCAGGCUGCCCGACCCCGGGACACGGAACCGGGACACGGAACCGGGACUGGCACCGGGGCACGGAACGGGGAAGGGCUCGGGGAAACGGAGCCGGGAUACGGAACGGGCACGGCGCCGGGGCUGGCACAGGGACACGGAACGGGCACGGCACAGGGACACGGCACUGGGACACGGAACGGGGCAGGGCUUCGGGAAACGGAGCCGGGAUACGGAACGGGCACGGCACCGGGGCACGGCACAGGGACACGGCACCGGGGCACGGCAUCGGGACGCGGCACUGGGAAACGGAGCCGGGACACAGAACGGGGCACGGUGCCGGGAAAAGGCACCGGGGCUGGCACAGGGACACGGAAAGGGCACGGCCCCGGGGCACGGCCCGGGCUGACCAGCGGGGUCCGGCGCACGGAACCCCCGGGAAGGGACACAGCCCCGGGCAGCGCUGGCCCCGCUGGGCCGGUGGGAUCCUCGGGAGCACCGAGCACCGAGUGAGGCCCCGGUUCCGAGCGAGCCGCAGCCCAGCGGAGCGAGGGGAGGGGAGCGGAGGGAGCAGCGGAGCGCAGCGCGGGCGCGACGAGCCCGUUCCGGGGGAACGCUGCAGGAACCGGGCGAGAACGGGACAGCGGGGACAGCGAUUCCCGGCUGAGUGCCUGGAUGGAUGGCAUGGGUUGGUAUCAGUGAUGACUGAGAGAGGCUCCUCUCCUCCGGGGCUGGGAGAAGGCUGGCCUGGGGGUUGUCUGCUUGGAGAAGUUGGCUGUUCCUCCUUGUAGCCCCCACAGCAGUCUUCAAAGCCAUUCCCAUCCCACAUUCAGGAUCUAUUUCAAGAAGGGUUGGGCUGGCAUAAUAGAAGUGACAUUCUGGUGCUCAUGGAAGUGAGUGAAAUCUGUCUCAGGAUGUUUCCUUCAGGUUUGUGAAGACUUCGGGAAAUCCAGUCCUGGUGAAUACAAGGAAAAUUAUGGAAAGCCUCUAGAUUGCAUACUGUGCUUAUAUAAUGUGCACCAGUGCAUUGGGAUCUGGCACCCAGCACCUGACUUCUGCAUUUAAAGGCUAAUUGUUGAAGGGAAAACCUGAAUAGUCUGGAGAAAUAAAUGAAAAUGGAGAUCUGUGCUUGAAGAAGUCUUGAUUUGCAAAUCUGGGAGAAAUUAUGUUUACAGAAGGAAUUCAGAAGUAUUGUUUUAUAUGUUAGGUACUCUACUAACAAAGUGUCCCUUGUAAAUACCAAAAACAUGACACUCAGCUAUUAGAGAGAAAAGGAAAAUAAUCUUGAGGGUAGCUUUGUCUCAAACAAAGGGACAUCAACUGCAUGCCCAGAUGUUUCUUUUCCAUCUCUUACCCUUCAGUAUUGAUUUAUGCAACUUUGCAUAAGAUAAAGUCAGAAAGGAGAUGUGAAAAAAAGAUAAUAAAGAAUUAUUUAGUUUUCUUCAAGAUGAAAACCACCUGAAUUCCCAUCACUUAUAGUGCUGAUUUCAUUGUUGUACACCAGACUUGUGUCUGGAUGACAUUUUGCUUUAGCCAUUAUGUAGUUGAUGUGAUGUGAUGUGAUGUGAUGUGAUGUGAUGUGAUGUGAUGUGAUGUGAUGUGAUGUGAUGUGAUGGAAAAUAUUCCAUAGGAGAGUACCUCAUCUACUGCAUCAGCUGAAGUUUUCAACAAGUUAAUAAUUCUUCAGUGUUCGACCAAAGUAUGAAAAAUUCUAUUUUAUCAACAGAAGUGAGCAUCUUUCUUCAUUAUCCCAGAAAUAUUCCGCUGGAAGGUGAAAGCAGAGCAGAGGAUGACUCAGUACAACCAUUCAGCACAGUUCUCUCUCCAGAGCUCAGCUAAUAAAUCAUUAAAUGUCACUGAGACACCUCUGCCUUGGGAUGAAAGGACGCUCUUGGGGCUGAAGAUUUCACUGUCAAUCCUUCUGGCCGUCAUAACUUUGGCAACGAUCCUCGCCAAUGUUUUUGUUGUUAUUACAAUUCUCCUGACUAGAAAGCUCCACACGCCUGCAAAUUACCUCAUUGGCUCCCUGGCAGUGACUGAUCUCCUGGUGUCAGUGCUGGUGAUGCCUGUCAGCAUUGCCUACACUGUCACCCACACGUGGGCCUUUGGCCAGCUGCUGUGUGACAUCUGGCUGUCCUCAGACAUCACCUGCUGCACGGCCUCCAUCCUGCACCUGUGUGUCAUUGCCCUGGACAGGUACUGGGCUAUCACAGACGCUCUGGAAUAUUCCAAGCGCCGCACUGCUGGCCGAGCAGCCCUCAUGAUUGCCGUGGUCUGGAUGAUAUCCAUCAGCAUCUCUGUGCCACCGUUUUUCUGGAGGCAAGUGCAAGCUCAUGAAGAGAUUGCAAAGUGUGCUGUGAACACUGAGCAAAUUUCCUACACCAUUUAUUCCACUUGUGGAGCUUUCUACAUCCCGACCGUGCUCCUGCUGAUAUUGUAUGGGAGAAUUUAUGUAGCAGCUCGAGAUAGGAUUCUGAAGCCACCCUCAUUGUAUGGGAAACGUUUUACUACUGCACACCUGAUCACUGGCUCUGCAGGCUCGUCCCUCUGCUCCAUUAAUGCCAGCCUCCAUGAAGGGCAUUCCCAUUCAGGUGCAUCCCCAAUAUUUCUGGGUCCUGUGAAAAUAAAACUUGCAGAUAGUGUGCUGGAAAGGAAAAGAAUUUCUGCUGCGAGAGAAAGGAAAGCUACCAAAACUUUAGGCAUUAUUCUGGGAGCUUUCAUUUUCUGCUGGCUGCCUUUUUUUGUCAUAUCCCUAGUCCUACCAAUCUGCCAAGAUGCCUGUUGGUUUCAUCCCAUCCUCCUGGACUUUUUCACCUGGUUGGGUUACCUAAACUCAUUAAUCAAUCCAGUCAUUUAUACAGCUUUUAAUGAAGAAUUUAAACAGGCUUUCCAAAAACUAAUACUUUUCAAAAAGUGUUCCUCUUGAGACUCUCCUCCUGUGUACCUGACCCUUGUGCAAUCUCACAGCCUACCUGAAAAUUUCCAUGCUUUUAUUCCCAAGGAACUGAGUGGUAAUUUCCAUCUCUGCUACUACCCUGUUCGGUGCAUGUAAAUUUCUGGGAAUUUCUUGCCAAUUUGGUACUUUCUGUUUGGGAUUGUACAUGCCAAAACAGAAAUUGUCCAUGCUCACUGCAGUGAUCAUGUGUGUAUAUAAGAUCAAUGACACAUGAAAUAAGCUUUGCAAUGAGGCAAGGUGUGUGAACCAGGGAGUUUUUGUGGGAUGAGGUGACACAUUACCCUGAUGGGAGGAAAUUGUGUGUGUAUUUACAAGACCUUAUAUUUCUGCUGUAUAUUAUUAACCAUUUAUGUCAGCUGAGAGAGUUUCUGGAGAGCAGGAUCUGAUAUUUAUAUUUUCUAUGGCAUGUAUCUUACCCAUGUGAAGCUGAUAAAACCUGUAAUUCUUUCAGAAGAUGUGUGACACAGCCUGACUAUAAUCAGCAGCAGGGCAGAGCAGCAUAGAACAGAUGUAAGUUGUGUGGAUAUUUCACAAAUGCUGCAUCUGAAGCUAUGCUUUUUGGUGAAGUAUAGAAAGGAGACAAUUUAGUUGAAUUAAUUAUUACACGUUUUAUCAUGAAUAAAACAGUCAGUGAAGAAAUGCUACAAAAUAAAUAGCAUGAAAACAAUUGAUCUUA